AUGGCAUGGUCCAAGGCUCCGCGGACGUUUAGCGAAAUAAGUCGGGCAACUGCUGGGCAGGGGUCUGGAACAGUCUCAAGAAUUGGCUCAAAGCAGGUUCCAGGGGAAGCUAACAAGGUACCUGAUCCUACCACGGGCCAACGGUCGAAGGAUUGUGAAGAGUACCCGCUUCCACCGAGGUAUAGUCCAAUGGUCUUGUGA